CUCCGGCUUCCUGUUUGGGAAAGAAAGCUCGGUGAGAAGGAGUGAUGGCGACGUUGGGGUUUCAGACCCCUCGCAGCGGGAGGAGUGGGAUGGGUGCGAGCGAGAACAUCGUGUCCAGGAUACGGCACGGCCAGAUCACCGGCCGGGGCAUGAGCAGGGGGACGCAGAUCCCAGAAGCUCUGCUCCAAGAGAGGGACAAGCGAGCCAGAUGGGUUGGGAUCCCGGUCUUGCUGCAGAAGCUGUACAAGAGCAGUCACCCCAACAGCGACCUCUCACAGAUCCAUGGAGUAGUAAAGGAGCUGUCAUCGCUGCUCUCUAUGGAGGCCAUGACGUUUGUGACGGAGGACAGGAAGAACACGCAGGAGCUGGCCUCGCCCAACACGUACACCUUCGACCUCUUCGGCGGCGUCGAUCUGUUGGUGGAUAUUUUGAUGAGGCCGACUCUAACGGCACAGAAGAAGAAACCCAGUAUGAGCGACGACCUGGUCAAGGACUGUCUCAGCGUUCUCUAUAAUUGCUGCAUUUGUACGGAAGGGGUCACUAAAAGCCUUGCAUCAAGGAACGACUUUGUGCUCUAUCUCUUCACGCUGAUGACAAAUAAGAAGACAUUUCUACAGACGGCCACCCUGAUCGAGGACAUCCUUGGAGUCAAAAAGGAGAUGAUCCAGCUGGAGGACAUUCCUGAUUUGCCCAGUCUGGUCCAGAGCUUUGACCAGCAGCAGCUCGCCAACUUCUGCCGCAUUUUGUCCAUCACUAUAUCGGAGCCUGACCUCGGGAACGAUGACAAACACACCCUUCUCGUGAAGAACACCCAGCAGAAGAACAUGAGCCCAUCCCGUGCUGAGGUCAACCAAGUCGCUCUGCUCAACAUCCCGGGCUUUAUCGAGCGGUUAUGCAAGCUGGCCACAAGGAAAGUGUCGGAGGCCACCGGCGCUUCCAACUUCCUGCAAGAGCUGGAGGACUGGUAUGCCUGGCUAGACAAUGCCCUGGUCUUGGAUGCACUCAUGCAGAUGACUACAGAGGAGCACAGCAGCACAGAGUCCUCGGAUGAGAGCACCUUGGCCACUAGUCCCCUUAGACACCGGCUGCCACAGUCCAUGAAGAUCGUGCACGAGAUCAUGUACAAGGUGGAGGUGCUGUAUGUGCUCUGCGUGCUCCUCAUGGGGCGCCAGAGGACACAGGUCCACAAGAUGUUAGCAGAGUUCCGGCUGAUCCCCGGACUGAACAAUCUCUUCGAUAAGCUCAUCUGGAGGAAGCAGACGUCCAACCGUGUUCUACACGGACAGAACCAGAACUGUGACUGUAGCCCAGAAAUAUCCUUCAAAAUCCAGUUCUUGCGACUGCUUCAAAGCUUCAGUGACCAUCACGAAAACAAGUACUUGCUUCUAAACAGCCAGGAGCUGAAUGAGUUAAGUGCCAUCUGUCAAAAAGCCAAUAUCCCAGAAGUAGAAGCUUUGGCCAACACAGACAGGAGCCUCGUGUGUGAUGGUAAGAAGGGUCUCCUAACACGACUACUCGGAGUCAUGAAAAAGGAACCCCCAGAUUCUUCUUUCAGGUUCUGGCAGGCAAGGGCGGUAGAAAGCUUUCUCCGAGGUGCUACCUCCUACGCCGACCAGAUCUUCCUGCUUAAGAGGGGCUUAUUGGAGCACAUCUUGUUCUGCAUCAUCGACAGUGGAUGUAAAUCCAGAGAUGUGCUGCAGAGCUACUUCGACUUGCUGGGGGAGCUGAUGAAAUUCAACAUUGACGCAUUCAAGAGAUUCAACAAAUACGUCAACACGGAGGAGAAGUUUCAGAUAUUCCUCAAUCAGAUCAACAGUUCAUUGGUGGACUCCAACAUGCUGGUGCGAUGCAUCGUCCUAUCGCUAGAUCGAUUUGAAAGCCAAACAGAUGAUGUCAAAGUGGUGGAAGUGCUCUCUGAGUGCUGUCUGCUAUCAUACAUGUCGCACGUGGAGAACAGGCUGUCCCUCCUCUUCAGGCUCGUUAACAUCAUCAAUGUGCAGACACUCACGCAGGAGAACGUGAGCUGUCUCAACACCAGCCUGGUGGUGCUCAUGCUGGCCCGGAGGAGAGGCAAGCUCUCCUUCUACCUGAAUGCCCUGCGGGAGAAGGAGUACAGCGAGAGGUACCCAGGCUGCCUGCUCAACAACUUCCACCAGCUGCUGCGCUUCUGGCAGUGCCACUACCUCAACAAGGACAAGGACAGCACCUGUCUGGAGAACAGCUCCUGCAUCCCAUUCAGCUACUGGAAGGAGACCGUUUCAGUGCUGCUAAGUCCGGACCGGACUUCGCCAUGUGCCAUAUCCCGUUAUAUCGACGAGGUCUACAUGGAUCUAGACACGGACUUCCUGGAAGAUUGACACCAGCCUCAGUGGGAUGCACGAGAGGGGGAGAGGGAUGAGGGACGGUCCUCUUCCUUGGCCCUGCCCUCAGUAAACUCGACACCGUCAGGAAGUUCUCCAGAGAGCCAAUCCCGGAAGGACACCAUUCAGGAGUGGCACACAUGCAUGUGUGUGGGCUAACGUUGGGUUAGCCCACCGCUACCUGGCGUCUGGGGCGACUCGCUGGAGGGACCUGACCCGAAGGACGGAGAUUAUUGGUGUAAUAAAUCAGGGACAAGCAAUUCUUUUACGUUGGGGGGGGUGGGUUGGGUUGCUUUAGUUCAUGUAAGCAGCGCGUGUAUAUGUAAGGUUUUGCAGCUAAUGUAGAUAUCUCACGAGGGAAAAAAAGAUCAAAUGUGGAGAUGUGGCCCAUUGUUGGGAUCUGGGGUGGGGUGAAUGACCCUAGGAAGAGGCGUCAAAAAUGAGUUGACUGAAAUUCUCUAUUAGGUGGGUUAUGUCCAAAAAUAAAAGUGCUCUGCAGUGAUAUGACCAAAAAGCACAUGGCUUUGUUCGCUCCUAUAAUGGACGCUGUGCGAAAUCUGCAUCGCUUCUCCCCUUCACCGCACCCUCUCUCCGGUACUCGGGAGAAGCGGAAGCCUUAUCCAGGUUUGCCGUCUCCCCGAGGCGGGGGCCCAGACCCCCACCCAGGGAUCGAUCUCAGCCCGUCCCCUGUGACACGCAUCCGCAGGUCGUCCAUGAGAGAGUUCACGUUCGGUCCUGGGCCUUGCAGCCCCGCCCAAGUCAUACUGUUGCCUUCAACGGUUUUAUUUUAGUCGUAUCCAAACCGACUUUUUUUUAUUUUUUUCCUUCUCGCUAACUUGAAAAUUUGCGCAGUGUGGCAUUUGCAGUUGUGAUCUUUAUUAAUGGUGGUGAUUUAUGGUCAUAUUUGAAUCUGUAGAGUGUAGUUAGUGUGAGUCAAAGCUAUGCAGUUUUUCCUGCCUUUUAUUUCUGAAUGGGGCCCCUGUUCCCGGCCCUUAGCCACUGCCGGGGAUUCGAUUUUCUUUCUUCCCCUACAGAUCUUCCUUUUUCUUUUUUGGUUUUUUCCUUUUCUCCUAAAAUACCAGGUCACCGCCCUGCUAGCCGGCUGCUGUAAGUCAGUGCGACUGUGUCGCCCGUCAUAAGUUAGGGUGAACUGCCACUUAGCAGUGAACUCUGCCAUUCUGCUUGCCCCAUCUGCUGGGGUCUGCAUAAAAAUACUAAAUUAUUUAACAGUUUCAUUAUCACAUCUACAUUUUUUUUUAUAUAACUGACUUUGCACUAUAUCAACUAAAACAUGCAUGUCUUUCCAUUACAUUUAACCCAAAUCUGAAGUUCUUCAGGUUGCUGUCAUUGAUUUUUAAUUUAAUUUCUAUUUUUUUACUCCUGCGGUCAGUGAUCUUGUACCACAUGAAUUUACUCAGUUCUCCAGAGUUUGCGCUUAAUCAGAUCAGACUGCAUUUGCUAGGCGUUACCAUGGGAUUUUCACUAUCCUAAGACUGAAAUCUAUCUGCCCUGUAAAAUUCUGUCUAAUUUAAUAUCGACUGUUGUAAACCAACAUCUUGUCUGGAUGUGAGAAUGAACUUUUUAUUCAUAUUGCAUAAAACAUGAAUUUUAUCUGGUGCUGGACCAGUGAACGUAAUUUGUAUAGAUUUGGUCUGGGGGGGUGGGGGGGUGGGCAGCGUGUUUUGUGCAAACAUUCUUAAAUCUGAAUUGCGCAUUUCAGAAUGUGUGAUGCAGAUGGAAUUCCAUCAUGUUCUCAGACGUAUGGUUUUUAAUUCUAUAGAUUUUUUUUUUUUUUUGUGAGAAUAUGCAGUGUUUUUGGUGACUAAGAAAUCAAUUUUGAUGUUGCAUUGCAUUUUGGGAAUGUUGAUUUAAAAGUAACCAAUUUAAUGAAAUGUAUGUCAUACGGCAGGCAGGCUUUAGUGAUUAAAAUAGUACUGCGAUCCAGUGUCAUUUAUACAUACCCAUAGCAGCUGAAUAGCGAUUUGUCAAUACAAUUGAUUAUUCUCCCCUUUAUCCAUUAGUAUACGGUAGUUUGUAGAAUUAUUUCAGUAAUCACUGGGAUUGGUUUUCUUUUGUAGCUUGUAGAUCAUAACUUUUUGUGAAGUCAUGUGCGCCACAGGGGAAGGAAAUAACUCGUCUUGCGUGUAAAGUUUCCAGCUGUGUAGAUGGGUUUUUUUUUCCGUGCGUGAACGAGAGAAAGUGAUGGAUGUUAUACCUUAUGGGCCUCUGGUCUGUACCCUGUUAUCUGCGCAACAGCGCCACCUACUGCUUCCCGUUCCAGCAGCGCGCCUGUGUGUCUCAUCCAGUUGUGCAAGUUUCCAGAUUUUCAUUUCACUAAUAUUGUUUGUAAACAUAAAUAAAUUAUCAGAACUUUAUCUCCUAA